AUGGAGCCUGUGGGCUUCGAAGCGCUAUGCUGGGAGCCUGAUGCCCCGGAUGCCAUUGACAGGGCCGAUGGCAAGCUGCGAGUACGGCCCAUGCCACAGCGGGACUUUUGGAGCAAAACUUUUUACAAACCACUGCUGGUGAAGCAUGACGGGCAGGUCCUGGUGCGCCCAGUGCGGACGGAUAUGGAGGUGACACUGUCCACUGCCUUUACCCUGAAGCCACGCGCGCAAUUCGAUCAAGCUGGAGCAAUGAUCCUGAUCGAUGAGAACACGUGGGUGAAAGCUGGCAUCGAGUUUUGUGAUGGGGUGCCAAGAUUAUCUUGUGUGGUGACCAAUGACGGCUUUUCAGACUGGAGCACUCAAUGCUGGAGCGACUGGAAUGGAGACUCGACUUCUGUGUGCCUUCGUGUGCACAAGGAGUUGCCGGGGCCUGAGCAGGGCCAUGCCAUGGUCAUGGAGGCAGCCCCGUUCCGGGAAGGCGAAGAAGGUGACUUUACCUUCAUUCGCAUUGCCAGCCUUCGGAGCUCGAAGCCUUGGAAAAUGGGCCUGUUCUGCUUUGCACCUGUUGAGCAGAAGGGCUGUGAAGCCACCUUUCACUACUUCAAGCUGGGUCCCAAGAUGGCCUUGGCUCACGAUGCUGAUGAGUACCCCUUUCUGACGGAAGAGAAGAUGUUGGACUGGAAGUUGAUCACCACCAGGGAGAAAGCAGGCAUUUGCAAUGCCGAUUCCAUUGAGGAGUGCUUUCACGUCUGCUCUGUAGUCAAUGACUGCAAGUUCUUUGCUACACACUUCGCAGUGAACUGCAGAGCAUGCCUGCUCUUCAAGAACUGCCAGAACCGAGAAAGCCAGUCAUUGGUGCAAGAUGACCUGGAAGGCGGGGGCGACAGUGUCACCCAGGUAGAGUCGGACUUUCACAUGUACGACAUCUUCCAAAUGGAGCAAGGUGAUGUCGAUGUUGAUGCGGAGAAGAACUUGGUAAAGAACCCAUCCUUCACCGAGGGCAAAAAUGGCUGGGCCGACCUGUGUCCGCCCAUGAUGUACAACGGCAAGAACCUGACCUUUGGGUGCAAGAACUCGGGCAUUUGGGACGCAGUGCCCAAGGACGUGGGAGGUGACACCAAUGCGUACCACGUGAAGGAGAACUGCUUUCAAGGCUCGAGAGGUGGCUUUUACCAGGACGUUAAGACCGAGAUGGGCUACACCUAUGAGCUCACCUUCAAGCUGAUCGACGGCUACUUCAGCAAGAAGAAGGCCAAGGAGGAGAAAGCCUGGGCAGGGGCCUGA